UAAAAUGAUAUGUUAUAUAAAUAACAUAUAUAAGAAAACAAAAUGAUUUUUAUUAUUUCAUAAGUUAUAUAAUAAAUAUACUAACAUGGCCUGCUCUUAUAAGAAAGCUCAUUUUAGAAGGCGUAUUGCAGCAAAAUCCUUUUUAUCUAAUAUAUCAUUAGAUGGAACUUAUCGUGACACAAGCUUGGGUAAAAAGUGUCAAUAUUUGGCUGCAAAAAAUGUUAAUUCAGAAGACACAGAAAAUAACAAACAGUUGGACAAAAAUAUUGAAUGGAAUAAUACAACGAGCGAUAAUGAAAACAAUGAUUCAUACUGUGUAAGGAAACAUAGUCCAAAAAUUAACACUAAGCAUAGGAAAAAUCUGGACAGAAGGAGUUCCUAUAGUUCUGAUUCUGAAAGCGGUUUAGUUUCGUCUAAAUUACCUUUGCUAGAUAAAUCAAUUGCUUGCUCUACUCCAGCCAGGGAUAGAACCAGCAGUGUUUCAGAGCGUAAGCAUAUACUUACAUCUAAUUCAAGAAGGAAUACUGGAAGUUUCUCGCAAAUAUUAGCAGGAAGGAAUGCCCAUGCAACAGAAUUAGAACGUGGUUUGCCAAAUAGUAGUACAGAGAGUUUAAGUCAUGGUCGAGCUAGAAAUAUACUAUUGGAAGCAAAGCCUAAAGAAGUCAGAUUUAUACAAGCUGAUGAAUCUCAUAGAUUUAGAGAAGGACGUAUGGUUUUGGUCUCACAAAAUAAAAUACCUUUUAUGAUAUUUUCUGCUCUGCCAUAUUAUAAAGGUGCAAGGAAUGGAAGGCCUGAAAUUCGUAGAGAAGGAGGCAGACGUCGCAAUACUUCAGGUACGAGACCUUUGUCAAGCAUUAAUGAUGUUUCUUUGGAUCCUUUUGAUUUGUUGGGUAUAGAGAAAGGUGAAAAUGGGCAGGAAAUGUCAUACGGAAAAUUAUUGGUUCCUACAAAAACUGCUAGGAAACAACCUGUGGAGUGUGAUACCGUUGAUGGUGUAAGAACUUCUAUUCCGAAAUGCCAUCAAGGAUCAAGGUUUAUAACACAUGAGCUAAAUUUGAGAAGUCAAGCUUCUCCACCUCCUGUCUUAAAUCAUAGCGCUUCACAUAUCGGAGAUAGCAAAGUAGAGUGGGAAGAUCCACAACCUGUUGUGCAAUCUACUACGAAGUUGCAUUACUCACCUAACUUAUUGGAUGAUCCGGAACUAAUAGCUGGAAAACACCGAACUCUUUUAACAUUCACUUCUUAUAUUACAUCUGUGAUUGAUUAUGUUAGACCAUCAGAUUUAAAAAAGGAAUUGAAUGAUAAAUUUCGAGAAAAAUUUCCUCAUAUUCAACUAACUUUAAGCAAGUUAAGAAGUAUUAAAAGAGAAAUGAGAGUUAUAGCUCGCAAUGAAAGUGGUGUUGAUCUACUCACCGUAGCUCAAGCAUUUGUCUAUUUUGAAAAAUUAAUACUGUCCAACUUAAUAACAAAGGAUAACAGGAAACUCUGUGCUGGUGCUUGUAUGCUGUUAUCAGCAAAAUUAAAUGAUGUGAAAGGAGAAGCAUUAAAGGACAUUAUUGAGAAAACUGAAAAUAUAUUUCGCUUAAAUCAUAAAGACCUGAUUGCAUCUGAGUUUGCAGUACUAGUAGCACUGGAAUUUAGUUUGCAUGUGCCAACAAGUGAAAUUUUCCCUCAUUAUCAAAGAUUGCUACAUGAAUCUUGAUUUAAAAAUAUUUAUGAUUGGCUAAAGAUAAUUAAAGAUAACUUGGUUUGAUGAGAAUGUAAAGAGUUUGAAUAUUGUUCUGACUACUUUUGUUGCAUAUUGAUCUAUGCACCUUACCCAGAUGAAAUUGCAAUUGUAUCACAAUACUGCGAUUUGUAUUGAAUGAAUGAAGAUCUUUUAACUGACUUAAAUGACAAGUUGUCAGGAAGAUGAAAUUACAGUCUCACCCUGCAUAUUGAUAAAAAUAUCGAUGAAGAUAUAUCAAAGUGAUUUGAUAUCUUUAUGAUGUAUUAUCUGCAAAACAUUGUACAGUGAUUUUUUCCAUAAGAAUCUCAAGUUGGUCUAACCUAUUUGUUGAUAUGACCAAGAAAACGAUAAGGGAAGAAUGUUUUGUAUUUA